AUGGGCAGAAAACAUAAUCCUGGGCUGCCCAGUCCAGUGCGGGACGUGGGACGGCAUGACGAAGUGGUGACCCUGGAACUGGACGAGCAGUGCAGAUUUGAUUUUGUGGCUGUCUAUGAUGGCUCCUCUACCUCCUCUGGGCUGCUGGGACAAGUGUGUGGCCGUGUGAAGCCCACCUUCGAAUCCUCGUCAGAUUCGCUGACCGUCGUGCUGUCUACCGAUUAUGCCAACUCCUACCGGGGCUUUUCUGCCUCCUACACAUCAAUUUAUGCAGAAAACAUCAACACAACAUCUUUAACUUGCUCCUCUGACAAGAUGAGAGUUAUCAUCAGUAAAUCCUACCUGGAAUCGUUUAAUUACAAUGAGGUUAACUUACAAUUACAACUAAAUGACCCAACUUGUAGACCCAAAGUAUCAAAUGUUGUGGAAUUUUCUAUUCCUCUUGAUGGAUGUGGCACAAUCAAAAAGGUAGAAGAGCAUUCAAUUACUUACACCAAUAUAAUCACCCUCACCACGGCCCCAUCUUCUGAUGUGAUCACCCGUCAGAAACACCUCCAGAUUAUUGUGAAGUGUGAAAUGGAACACAAUUCCACCGUGGAGAUGAUGUACAUAACAGAAGAUGACGUAAUACAAAAUCAAAAUGCCCUUGGCAAAUAUAACACAAGCAUGGCUCUUUAUGAAUCCGAUUCAUUUGAAAAGUCUAUACUAGAGUCACCAUAUUAUGUGGAUUUGAACCAGACUCUUUUUGUUCAAGUCAGUCUACACACCUCAGAUCCGAAUUUGGUGGUGUUUCUGGAUACCUGCAGUGCCUCUCCCACGUCUGACUUCGCACCUCCAAACUAUGACUUAAUCAGGAAUGGAUGUAAUCGAGAUGAGACUUGUGAGGUGUAUCCCUUAUCUGGACACUAUGGAAGGUUCCAGUUUAAUGCCUUUAAAUUCUUGAGAAGUCUGGGCUCCGUGUAUCUACAGUGUAAGGUUCUCAUAUGUGACAGUGGAGACCCUCAGUCUCGUUGCAACCAAGGCUGUGUCUCUAGAAGGAAACGAGACAUUUCUUCAUACAAAUGGAAGACGGAUGCCAUCCUAGGACCCAUUCGUCUGAGAAGGGAUCGAAGUGCAAGUGGAAAUUCCGGAUUUCAGUAUCAAACACACGGGGACGAAACUCAGAAUCAAUCUUUCAACAGCCUGCACCUAUUUUCAUUCAUGGUUCUCGCUCUGAAUGUUGUGAUUGUGGCUGUGGUCAUCGUGAGGCAUUUUGUGAAUCAGAGAACAGACUACAAAUACCAGAAGCUACAGGAUUAUUAACUAAAGGUUUCAGCCUUAAGGGAGACACAUCCCUCCGGAGUACAGAAGGAAACACUACAAGACUACAUGCAUAGGGAAUAAAUUAGGGAGGGCCUCAUCAGAGUGACAUACAGGCCCUC